GAGAGCUUUGGGAGAGGAGAAGCAUCGACGAUAAUGGCAACAACAUCCAGAAACAUCAAAGUUUUCUACAAGCAAAAGAAGAACACCACCACUUCUACGGCGAAGAAGUCAACCAAAAACCCAUCUCACAAAGACGCCGCCGCUACUUUCGGUUCCGAUAUCACCCAAGCUACGGCCCUUGCUUCUCAUGGCGGUUCGGUCGACCUCAAAGAUGAUUUUGAUGAGGAAGAGAAAGUGUUGGCGCAAUUUGACAUGAAUAUGGCAUACGGGCCGUGCCUGGGGAUAUCGCGACUGCCUCGUUGGGAAAGAGCACAAAGAAUGGGGCUAAACCCUCCUGAAGAAAUUGAAAGCCUUUUGAAAGGUGGGAAAGUGAGGUUAGAAUGUUUAUUUGAGGGUCGUGUUUAGUUAAUUAAUAGCCAUGGGUAGUAGUACUAUGUUUAGGGUUCAGGAUUUAUUUGGAUGUUUUUGAAUGUUGUCAUGAACCUAGAUAGUCUUAACCAGCUAGCUAUAUCAAAAUUUAUGCAAUCUGGUCUAGU